AUGGGGUACAAGACGAAGAAAAAAUCUUCAAAGCCGCCGUCGACUGAGGGAGCGUCGUGGCUCGACCUCCCUCUGAAAAAGGGGCCGACGGUCCUCGAACACCUCAGCGGGCUCGGGGGGCCAACCAAAUCGUGGCGGACGCCGGCGGACGCUUCAUCGUCCGACGCAACAGCAGAACACGACAGAGCCGCAGAUCUCGUCGAGAUCAACCUCCCGCCGCCGCCGGUCCCCUGUCGGAAGUUCAGAUACGACCCCGACGAACUGGAAGGCUUCGGCUACUACUCCAGGAGGAGGGAGGACUACCGGCGCUCCGGCGGCCAGGGGAUCUACUUCAAAGGCUACUCCCACAACCACCUGAUCGCCCUCGACGCGAACCUCUCCGCCUGCUACAUACAAAACGGCCUCAUGGGCGGGCUCCAUUUCCCACCGCCGUGGGACAGCGGCGUUCCGUUCAAAUCCGCCACGUCGGCGUCCUCCUCCUCCUCCACCUUGGAGACGAUGGUCAUAACCGGAAUCUCGACCCCUGCCUUUGGGUUCUACAAGAGCAAUCACCGGGAAAAUGGAUGGACUUACGUAAACUGCACUGUUGUAGAUCCGUAUUCGGCCGCAGCCGGCGACGGCGAGUACAUGGAGUUCACUAAUGCAAUUGGGCUCGAGGGGAAAUACUACGCAAUCAGCCGGCAGGGGAGUCUUGCUGUAAUCGAGGACGUCAGCAACACCUGCAACUUCCAGAUUACAGCUGUAGGGGAAAAUCGGGCCGUGCCCAGCUGCCAAGGCACGAAGCAUUUCAGGGAGCACUUGCUCGAGUACGGUGGGGAGAUCUAUUUGGUUUUUCUGGUUUCAACAAAAUGGGUGAAUGUGGUGGACCGAGUCGAGGCUUUCUGGCUCGACAGGUCAAGGCUCGUGUGGGAGAACGUGGAGAAGAUGCUUCCGGAAGAUGGGGUGUUUUUCGUCGGGCCCAAGGCGUGCAUGGGGAUUAAAUCGGGCCUUGUCGGUUGCAAGGGUAACCGAGUCUACUUCAAGCAUGAUGGGGCUGACACUUGGCAUGUUCUCGAUAUGGGCUCGGGAGAAAUUUCGCAGACUUCUGGGCCUGAACUGGAUCUUACGGAGGCCCACAUUCCGGCUAUAAUUUAUACUGUCUACGACUACUGA